GUCAGUGAUACCGACAGUUAUAGUCAUUUGAGUUAUUGUGAUAUACUGAGUUUUAAAAAAAGUCCAAUAGGGUAAUUUGUGUUUAUGUCAGAACGGUCAGAGGUUACGAAUAUUUGAUAUAUUUCUACUGGAAACACACUUGUAUUUUUAUAAAACAUGGACAAGUUGAAAAGAGCUUUAAGUGGAGAUGACGGUGACGAAGAGCAAGGCAUCGUAACACAGAUACGAGAUGCGUCCUCUCUCAGCUGGUCAACCAGAAUCCGAGGAUUUAUCAUUUGUUUUGUGCUGGGAUUUAUUUUUUCUAUACUGGGUUCUCUAUGCCUUUUCUUGAGAAACGGUUUAAUUCUGUUCGGUAUUUUCUACACUAUAGGCAAUGUCACAGCCUUGGCCAGGUUAGUUUAAACUUAUUAUGUGUGGUAUUUUCUAUACUAUAGGUGAUGUCACAGCCUUGGCCAGGUUAGUUUAAACUUAUUAUGUGUGGUAUUUUCUAUACUAUAGGUGAUGUCACAGCCUU